AUGCCACAACAGUCGAACGUUGGACAAGCUCUUAGAAGCCAGCAGCUGGGUCCUUCAGAUGCGGGCCUCAACACACCUUUCCAUCCGCUCAUUGGGCUGAAAUUGGCCUCCAGCACUCCGAAGAACAAUGACUCCGGCUUCGAUGAAAACCUCACACAAACGGGGAGCUGCCCCUUCCAGCAAAACUACUCAGCUGAUUCGUGUUUCCAGCAUCCGGACCCCGACUCCGAGAACAGACAGCCAUUGUCAAGGCAUCAUCACCAGAAAGAGCAAGUCGGGUACCGAUUUCCAGAGCCCUUGACGUUUGCGACGCCUCCCUCUGCAUCCAACGGCCCCUUUCAUUUCGACAUGUCGAUCCCUUUCAUCGUCCCGCCACCGGCACUUCUACUCUCAACGCCAGUGUUGCAGUCCAUUCCACUCCUCAGUCCCACUGGUUUCUACUGGCCGUCACUCACACCACAACCGACCGCCGGUAGAUGGUCAACGCUGGGAAGCCCAGGCCAGUCGUCAGUCGCGCCCCGUGUCUACGAU